GUGAAUUAUCAGAAAAAAGCUUGAUGAUACAACUGAAUGAUGGCAGAAGACAUAUAUAUACGUGACGACAGCUGUUUCAGUGAAGAAACUAAAUUACAUAAAGCUAUCAAAUACAUUCGACAGGAUUUGUUUCAAGAUUGGUUUGACUCUCAGAAUUGGGAAGAUGUUAAUUUAGGUAAUAGAUGGCACCAAACUCCACUUCAUUAUUGCGCAAUACACAACAUCAAAGGAGCACUAGCGAAUCUUUUGCAGGUCCCGGGAGUUGAUGUCAAAAAGCAAGAUUUAAAUGGUUACAAUGUUUUACACAGUUUUAUUUACAAUAUUGCUACUGUUAGCGAUUGGCAAGACACCAUCCAAGUCCUACUUAGUUUAGGAAUUGAUAUCAAUCAACAAACUAAGCAUGGAUAUACCAUACUUCACUUAGCCAGCAGACAAAGUACUUUAUCAUGUGUCCUACGGUUCAUUCUCGAGUCAUGCUCUGGGUUGAACGUAACCAUGGUAAACAAAGAUGGAGAAAAUUUUCUUCAUUCGUUUGUUCAAAGUAUAAACAAAACUAGCCCCAUAUCAGACGAAUUUAAAGAUAGGUUUUUAUUACUAAAAGACAUUGUUAGAGGGAAAAUGUCGUGCUGUGCUGAUGAGAAGUUAGAAACAUUGUUAAAACAGAGAGACAUAAAUGGUACAACCGUUUUCCUUCUGAUGAUAAACCAUUUCGAGAGAUAUAAAUACGUAAAUGCCAUAAAGAUUUUAAGAAAAAUGACGGCUGUUAGUGAAUGUUCAAUAAUACCGGAUAAUCUAGGAAACCACCCAAUACAUUAUGCUGUGGCCUGCAUGCGUAAAUCACCUGUCCAGUUGCUGAAAAUGCUCAUUAACACCGGAGCCGAUGUUAAUUCUAAAAACAUACAUCACCAAUCAACAGCCCAUUUAGUGAGAGUUGAUAGCAAAGACUAUGCCUUUGAAAAAAUCAAAUUGAUGGUAAAAUUAAUGAAAACCACAGGUUUUGAUUUCAACGCAACUGAUAAUUGGGGUUGUAAUCUUCUGAUGUAUAUAAGUGCAUUUUACGAUUCAAUUUGUACACUGUUUUUGAGAGAUAUAUCUAGAGCAUCGAUCAUCAUAAAUGCAGAAGACAAUAAUGGCUCGACAGCAUUGCACCAUGCUGCCUACCACGAUUCUGCUGCAUUUGUAGAAAUACUUAUUCAAAACGGCGCAACAAAAGAUAUUCAAGAUAAUGUAGGAGACAUUCCUAUAGAAACAGCAAAUAGGCAUUUGAGAAUAAGUUCUGGAAAAGCUCUUCUGAAAUUCACAGAAACGAAGGAACUAAACGACAAAUACCAAAAGUUUAUUGAAAAACUAAGGUUAUUGCAACUUUUCCAAAAAAAUGAAAACAUGAACCAAUUUGUUGAAGAACUUCUUGAUCACAAAUAUAGAAACAUAGGAGAAGAAGAGGAAGAUAUCAAUUCAACAGUUUGCUUUUUUGUAGAGCUACUAUGCAAACAAGUCUCAAAAUACGACUCUAGGUUUGAUAUUACAGUUUUUCAGUCUGGAAGUUCGGCAGAAAACACAAAAGUAAAUGCACCCGAUGAAUUUGACUUUGUCCUUUGUUUAGAUAAAUUCAGUGAAUUUUGUGACAUAGAAGAAGGAAAUGAAGGGAAGGAAAGGUUGCAAAAUAAUGUAUUGAAGCUUAAACUUAUUGAAGGUCAUCAAGAACUAUUGGAAUUUUUUGAUGAAAAUGGAAUUCUCAUAACACCGCCUUUAUUCAUGUACCUUCACAGAUAUUUGAAUCAAGCCUUACACGAUCCGAAGUUAUGGAAGUACGAUCAACUCCGUAAUCUAUGUUACGUUUUCGAAAAGCCAUUUCUUCAAAAAGAUAUGAAAACGACCGUUUUUAUGAUCAAUCUUCUAUGGUUUGGUUGCAAACAUAAACAGCUGAGGAUAAAGAUAGACCUGGUUCCUGCCGUCAGAAAGACUGCUUGGUGGCCAAUCGAUCCGAAUUCAUUACCAAUGAUGACUCCGCAGAUUCAAGACGCUGCCUGCCUCUUUCUUCUUGACACAACUUCCGUACUAUUCACAUCUGAAUAUAUCAAAACAUUUAUAGUGGAUAGCAUUGAUCGCAUAAAACCAAUGCAGACAAGUUUACGUGUUUCUACGGCACCAGCAGAAGUUUGCCUCAUGGAAACUGUACCACAACAAGUACGUAAUAGUUACGCGCUAGCAAAGCUCUUUGUUGAUAUCUGCAAACUGACCGACAUAAGCAGCUAUAUGUUAAAAAACUGUACAUUUCACGUAAUACAAGAACUUCAAUGGAACCCAAAUACACCAGAUAACAUUUCUAAACUACCUUCACUCAUGCAGCUUACAGUAAUGAUAUUUACAAAGCUUCUAUCCUACAAUAAAAUGUCUUUUUUGCCUAGAUUUUUCCUACCGGAAGUGAACAUAUUUCUACAAGAUCAGCAAGACCAACCCAUUAAACUUAAACACGGCGAUAUCAAGCUGCUUCUGAAAGCUUUAGGACAGGAUGUGACAUUAGAUGACGAUGAGAGUAUUGAUGAUGAUCUUACUGAUGACGAUGAGAAUGUUGAUGAUGAUCUUACUGAUGACGAUGAGAAUGUUGAUGAUGAUCUUAAUGAUGACGAAGAUAAUAGUGAUCAUACUGGUGGAAAUUGA